AGAAUGGUUUAAUGAAUCAUUACAGGAUUAAAGUCCAGACAGAUGGCUUUGUGAGCUUGUCUUGACUUAACUGUACUCUGGAAUGGACAGCCAGGACUGGCCACUGCGAGAUCAUGGAUCCUCAGCCAAACUGUACAAUCCAACAGAAUCCGACAUCCAAGAUCAUAGAUCUCAUUCCACAGUUUUCAUUGGUCUGCAUUUACCCAAACAUGGACAUAAACACAAACGCAGAAAGCACCAUAGAACGAAAGGGGACAGAACUCUAAAUGAACAGGCCAACAAAGAUGAAGUCACCCACCCUGCCCAGCGGGUUCAGUUCUUGUUGGGGGAGGAAGAGGAUGAAGAACACAAAGCCCACGAUUUGUUCUGUGAAAUGGAGGAACUCUUCUAUAAUGGAGAUCAAAUGGAGUGGAAGGAAUCUGCUAGGUGGAUAAAGUUUGAAGAGGAUGUGGAGGAGGGGGGAGAGAGGUGGUCCAAGCCCCACGUAGCCACCCUGUCUCUCCACUCUCUGUUUGAACUCCGCUGUAACAUCCUCAAUGGAACCGUCAUGCUGGAUGUGGAGGCUUUUGACCUAACAUCUUUAGUGGAACUGGUUAUAGACAAAGCGGUAGCAGCUAAACAGCUGGAAGAACCUCUGAAAGACCGAGUCAGGGAAGUUCUGCUGCUCCGCCAUCGACACCAGAAUCAAAAACGGGUGACGGAAAAUGGAGGGAAUAAACUCAUGCUUCCCAGCAUCAGGUCCUUUGCUGAAAUCGGAAAGAAAGCCUCUGUAGCAAAGGGUAUUGGGAAUUUAGGUGAUGAGAGAGAUUUAUCCAUUAAAAAUGAUCGACUAUUGUCUGCGAAAAGUACCCCAAAUUUCCAUCAUCUUAUGGCCCAGGAGAAACCAAAGACCAGAUUAGAUGCCCACCCUACAUAUGCUGGAUCACUAGCUUCUUCUAGCAGUACAUCUGACCUACAACGAGAAAAACAGAUAAAGAAUUUACAUUUUAUGAAGAAGAUACCCCCUGGAGCGGAGGCUGCUAACAUUCUGGUGGGGGAGGUAGACUUUCUGACCUACCCUGUGGUGGCGUUUGUCCGGCUUCUUCGCCCCUACAUCAUGCCCGACCUCACGGAGGUGCCAGUCCCCACCAAGUUUGUCUUCUUCAUGCUCGGACCCAUGGGUAAUCAGAGUAAAUACCAUGAGAUUGGGAGAGCCAUCGCCACACUCAUGUCAGAUGAGGUGUUCCAUGACGUGGCGUACCAUGCCAGGAACAGAGACGACUUGUUGGCUGGAAUUGACGAGUUCCUGGAUCAGGUCACAGUUCUCCCCCCUGGGGAGUGGGACCCCAGUUUUAAACAGAUCCCAUCGCAAUUCCGUAAAAACUUUAUGUUCUUUGGUAAAGUAGUGGAGUUUGAUGUAGAGGAGCCAGGACAUAACGAUCCAAGUCUUAGGAGAACUGGAAGGUUUUGCGGCGGUCUGUUUGACGACAUCAGACGUAGACUCCCCUGGUACGUCUCUGACCUCCGUGACUCCCUCCACAUCCAGUGUUUCGCCUCCUUCGUCUUCCUCUACUUCGCCAGUCUGACGCCAAUCAUCACAUUUGGAACGUUCUUAGCAGACGAAACAGAUAAUCAGAUGGGGGCUCUGGAGAGUAUAUUUGCAGCAGCUUUGUGUGGAGUAAUUUAUGCUCUGACUGCGGCUCAGCCAUUAGCCAUACUGGGAUUUACGGGACCGGUGCUGGUGUUUGAAAAAAUCCUCUAUGACUUAUGCAGUGAAAACGACUGGAACUAUUUAGAAUUCCGUUUCUGGAUCGGGAUGUGGAUUGCGGCCAUUUUGUAUUUCAUUGUGGUUUUUGACCUAUCUGCACUUGUGCAGUAUGUGACACGAUUUACAGAGGAAGGCUUUGCACUUCUGAUUUCCCUCAUCUUUGUCGUUGAAGCGUUUGAAAAGUUAUUCCAUGUGAUGAAAAAGCAUCCUAUUCAUUUUGGUGAUUCGCCAACAGAAGGGGAAUGUAGCAGUUUCUGUGCUUCUCCAUAUUCUUCUAACAAUCAGACUAAUAAUAGUGUAAAUAUAUGGACGAGGAAUGUUACAGAGAAUGAUACAGACGAAUGGUCCAGUAAAAGUCUACGAGACUGUGUUAUAGAUGGAGGAAAUUGGACGUCGUCUCCCGUGGAUAUACACACACGGGAGCCGGAAGUAUUCUUCAUGUCUGUGAUAUUGUUUGCCGGAACAUUUGCCAUUGCCAUGACUUUAAAAGGAAUGAAAACAAAACGAAUGUUUCCUAAUAUGGUGAAGCAAUUCCUGAGUGAUUUUUGUGUAAUCAUUGCCAUUGUUAUUAUGGUAGUUGUCGACAUAGUAUUUGCAGUCCACACCCCGAAACUACGAGUCCCAUCAGAAUUUAGGCCUACAGAUGCUAAGAGAUCCUGGAUCGUGGAUCCAGUAGAACAUAAUCCUUGGUGGCUGGCCUUUGCUGCCAUACUUCCUGCCCUGUUGGCCACAAUCCUGUUGUUCAUGGACCAACAAAUCACACUCGUCAUUAUCAACAGAAAGGAGAACAAGUUAGUGAAGGGACAUGGAUACCACUUAGACUUGUUCUUGGUGGCUACUUUGGUGGUUGUCUGCUCCAUUCUGGGGUUACCAUGGUACGUCACGGAGACAGUCCUAUCCAUUACACAUGUGAUGUCACUGAAGAGGGAAUCAGAGUGUUCAGCUCCUGGGGAGAGUCCAAAGUUCCUGGGGGUCUGGGAACAAAGAGGAACUGGUAUAGCCAUCAGUGUCAUGAUUGGAGCAUCUGUACUCCUGACAGAAGUUUUAAAAUACAUCCCUAUGCCAGUUUUAUACGGUGUAUUCCUCUAUAUGGGUGUCUCGUCGUUACACGGAAUGCAGAUUGUGAACCGUAUCAGUAUCUGGCUGAUGCCCCAGAAGUACCAGCCGGACUAUACGUACCUCCGACACGUCCCCACCCGGAGGGUCCACCUCUUCACCCUCAUACAGGUCCUCUGUCUCAUCAUCCUCUGGAUCAUCAAAAGCAUCAAGAAAACAUCCAUUGCUUUCCCUAUCAUGGUGCUUGGUAUGUGUUUUAUCCGCAAGGGUUUGGACAGAAUUUUUACUCAGGAAGAAUUGAAAUGGCUGGAUGAUAUAAUGCCUGAAGUCAAUAAACGAGCCAAAGAGGAUGAGCUGAAACGUCAAGACAAAGAGGAGGUUCAUAAAGGCUCUCAGGUGCUGGACAGUUCUGGUACAGUGCAGGUGCCCUUGAUUAGUGGUAAUGUCAUCAAUAUACCUGUGGAACGAAUCACCGUUACGACAGAACCAGAUAUCAACAUCUCAGAGGAAAUGUCAAAAUCAAACAUCUGGAAAACAAUAGUAGCCAACGAGUCCAGCAACAGUCUGACCAAGCUUGAAGCCUCCUCCCAGAAAAAGAAGAACAAGAACAGGAGGAAUGGGAAGAAAAUGUCCCCCCUGGCUGGGAGCCCCCCUGAGGAGAAGGAGUUAUCCGUACAUAUAAAGGAGCCCCUCUUAAAGGAAUCUCAGCCACAGACCAAUAAAAAGCCUUCUCCGUUGUUUUACAUCGCCGAGGAUGAGACAGACAAGUUACUGGAACCUAAAAACAAGGGCGUGUCAACUUCAGACGUGUAGAUCAAAGUCAAAGGAAAUGCAAGGAUGUGUAAAGGUCAAGUUCACAGGAAACACAAGGGGUCAGAUACAGAUGUAAUGAUCAAGGUCACAGGAACACCAGGACUUGUCUGCUACAUAUGCUUAGGUCAAGGUCAAAGGGAGUUUUAUUUUGAUUAAGCUAGAAUUUAUCUAGAUAAAAAAAAACAUUGUGGAUUUCUGGUUAUUUAUAAAAAGCAUAGUAUUAUUACCGGUACGUGUAAUAUUUUUCUUUAUGAUUUAGAUGAAAUUUUUACUGUUUUAAUUACAACUAUCAAAAUGAAAUUAUGUGAUGGUGAAAUUACCAGCUCCUAGCUCAUGACUACAACAGAUACUGUAAGGAACUUUUAUCUUCUUGCCAUUCAAUACCAGACCUUUUGAAAAUAAGGUAUAGGGCAUCCUGAGCAAUCAGCUUAUUUUUUUAAUUUGUAGAGAAGAAUCAGUAGAAAUACAUGUAUAUUUCAUUAUUUUGCUAUAGUUGCCAUUAAUUCCUGAUAAAAUGUGACUGUGUGAAAGACAUACUGUGUGUAUUUGGUGAGAGAAUAUAUGUUUGUUUACUUUAGCUU